ACCACAACGGGGUUUUGAGUUUGUGGGUUCCCUGCCGAUGACAUCGAUCACUUGGAAACCAAAUCCGCUCCAUCAGCCACGUAUGCAAAACAACGUGCCACUGCGCACACCAAAUCCCUUCCGUCAUGCUGAUUGAAUGUUUGGUGCCGUUUCGUGGGUUGCCCGAUGACGAUGAUCAGCAAAUCACCCACUGGUAGCUCCUUCCCCUGUAUUAAACUUGAAACCCCAAAAGCAAAUUUCGUCUCAAAACCCUAACAAUUAAUCCGUUCAAUUCCAACUUAAUUCUUGACUCUCGACUUUGCAAAGCAUUUUCCAGGGUCAUCAGAAGAGAAUGUUGAUGGGUCAUGCAGAUAGUCUAUCAGAACUUCGGACGUCAAAGGAUCAGCUACUUGCUGAUCAUGAGGAGCUGGAAGAUGAUUUCCAAUUAGAUAGUUCUGAACCGAUAUUGUACGCAGCUUCCUUUGAAGAACUUGCAAGAAACAAUCUUCAGUAUGACACCAUUAUAUGGGUUUCCAUAUCGUUGUUGCUGGUUUUGGCCUGGGGUGUUGGCAUCAUCAUGUUGCUCUACCUCCCCAUUAGAAGAUAUGUGCUUCAGAAGGAUAUUUCGUCACGCAAACUGUAUGUCACACCUAGUGAAAUAGUUUACAAGGUCUCAAGGCCUUCUUUCAUACCCUUUUGGGGCAUAACAACAAUUGAGAAGCAUGUACACCUUUCCAAGGUGAUGGAUAUUAUAAUUGAACAAGGCUGGUUGCAAUCAGUUUAUGGCAUCUAUACCUUUAGAGUUGAAAGUGUAGCAUAUGGAAAAGCUGCACCUGUUGAUGAACUACAGGUUCAAGGGGUUGCAAACCCUGCACUUCUGAGAAAAGUCAUCGUAAGAGAAGCUGCAAAGGUUAUACAGGAUGUUGGUAAAAGUUGGAAACUGUCUACUGUCACUGGUGAAGUGGAAACUGUAUCUCGAAUGACAUCAUUGACAGAAGGGCAACCUAUCCUAAGAUCACCGGCCAAAACUAAGAAGAUGGCAGCUUCACCACAUCAUUCUUCUGUGGAGCGCAGAGCAGUGAUGCCUGGAGAGUUGUUUCUGCAAAAACUUGAUGAAGUCAAUAAAUCAGUAAAGAAAAUUGAGUUGCUCAUUGAGAAGUCCCAGGCUUCCUCAGAAAGUAGCUGAGAUGCCAUGGUGCUGUCGUGGUAGCAGAAGCCAGAAAGUUUCCAUUUGUAUGAAAUGCAGAGUUAAACUUCAUAUCCUCAAACUUCAGGGAUUUUUUCUUUUUCCAAGUUUUGUAAAUAGUAGCAAUAUAUUCUUGUUCACUGAUUCGAUUGUUAUUCAACAGAGUCCCAAAUUGUUGUUUGCAUUGA